UCAGUGCUGAAGUGGCGCUGAAUUAAAUUGUGGGGAUUGGGGACGUAGAACAUAUCAAACGUAAAAAACGUUUGAUAAAUAGAUAAGAUUAAUUAAAGAGUAAUAUUUAAAAGAUACAAAAUGAGUGCAUUGGCGAAAAAGCUUUUUGAUCAGCUGAAAAGCAAAGAAUUCAGAGAGUAUUUAAUGAGCACACAUUUCUGGGGUCCAGUGGCUAAUUGGGGCAUACCUCUAGCAGCUAUUGCUGACACCAGGAAGGACCCGAGUUUUAUUAGCGGAAAAAUGACAGUUGCACUUUCGCUGUACUCCGUGAUGUUCAUGCGCUUCGCGUGGCGCGUGCAGCCGCGCAACCUGUUGCUGUUCGCGUGCCACUUCACCAACACGUGCGCGCAGCUCACGCAGGGCGCUCGCUUCGUCAACUACUACUACGUGCAGGGCGAGCCAAAGAAAGAGGCCGAGGCAGCCGUUGACACCAAGUGAUUGAUGGCUGUGCGAUUAGUAUAAGAUUUUGAACUCUCGCAAUCGUGCAGUCGCUAUCGAGUAACCGAACACUGUAACGUCACAGCAGAAUGGACCUAAUUUCACUCGCGUUAGAGUCGCAAAUUCUGUAAGACCGUUUCUUCUAGCUGUAGCGAGCGAGUUUCAGCUUUAACAAUGUGUAUAAAUUACAUUUCACUUUGACGUUACAGAAUAUCGACCUUCGAUUAGGAGCGUACAUAUCUUGUACUAAGAAUACUGAUGUUCCGACGCGACAAACUUCUAGUGCGCUAUGUAUGUAUUUUCUUGUCCUACUCCCACGUUAUAAAAGUGAACAUGAAUGUCGUAUCGCGCAUUUUAAGCCUGCUGGUGCUAAGUAAUCAUGCAGUCUUAAUAUAGCGGGCUAACCUGUUAGGAGUAUGGCAUUUAUAUUAAAUCCAUGCCUCUAAAUGGUUUUGCACGCAACAGAGUACCGGAUUCCCCAGACGUGUUUGUCUAUGGUAAAUAGAUUGUAUAAGCUUUAUACUUUCAGUUUUGCAUAGGUUUCCUUAGCGGAUAUGAUAACGAAUAAAAACGAGCUGAAAUAAUUUAAUUUCCAAUUUGACGAUGUCGGAGUGAACUAGAAGUUUGCCGCUCUUUAGUAUGUAAAUAAAAAAAUGUAGACGAA